GACUGAGCUGUUUCCAUGACGAAGCAGCCAUCACGGUACAGAGGUCACCUCUUCAGGAGCUACAGGUGAGCCAGGUCACAUGACGUCCGUCCUGCACCGUGAUAGGCUGGAGCUGUGGCGUCAACAGGUGGUCACCUGGCAACCAGGUGAGACGCAGAAGAACCAGAAGUAAAACCGUCAGACGGAGAAGAAGAAAGACAAGAGACUGCUGGAGAGACCAAGCGAGGAGAAGAGGGUUGUAGAGGAGCUGAGGCCGGAAGAGACAAGUGAAGGACAGAGGAGGAGUGAGAGGAGGAGGAGUGAGAGGAAGAGGAGUAAGAGCGGGAGUGAGAGGAAGAGGAGUGAGAGGGGGAGUGAGAGGAGGAGGAGGAGGAGAUGGAGCGCAGCGUGAUCCAGCUGAGUCACUGUCAGAAAUUCAUCUUCUGCUUCUCGUUGCCGGACGAGUGUCCGAGCUGUGGAGAGGAACUGGAGGGGAGACGCCUGCAGGAGGCGCCAGUGAGCCUCCCCUCCCCCUUCACCAACGGACAUAACCGCUCCUGCUCCCUGCUGGUCACACCUGCACAGGACAACCUGCACAGAGACUUUGAUGGGACUUCAGAUCUGCACACAGGCAUCUCCAACUCUAAAGGAGUUGUGUAUAACUACACUCAGGGCGGGGUGCAUAGGGACCAGAGUGGAUGGGAGCACUGUGUCAGUGUUCCUCUGGUCCGACCUGACAUGUACCACCUGCUGGCUCAGUGGGACCAGUACCUGGACCACUUCUCUGAUGGGCCCAUGUGGGACCCUGCAUGGCACAGGUUCCACGAGGACGACCAUAACUGCUUCAGCUUCUGUCUCGGCUUCGUGAACAGCGUCCUGGCCGUGGAGGGGCGGAGCUCUGUGACCAGAGAGACGUUCACUCACACCUACAUCCUGCCGAAGAUGAAGAGAGUCUCAAAAUUCACCACGUUGUACCAACACAUCCAGAAACACCAGUACUACGUGGUGGACAGAAAGAAAGACAGACAGGAGGAUGUCCCCACCUGUGUUGGGCAGUCAUCUGAUAACUCUUUUCAGUACCAGUAAAGUGAGGGAUACAAUCUGAGAGAUAGACACUGUUGGACUGAGGGUUGGUCUGUGGGUUAAAUUAGAGUGUGGACACCCGACCUGAGCCUGUCAGACCCAUCAGGACCAGUUAGGACCCAACAGACCCAGUCAGACCCAGCAGGACCAGUUAGGACCCAACAGACCCAGUCAGACCCAUCAGGACCAGUUAGGACCCAACAGAUCCAGGCAGACCCAUCAGGACCAGUGAGACGCUGUCAGGUUGAGCUGGGUUUGUACAGAUAUUCUGGUUGGGAUCUGGUUCGGUCCCUAUCUACGUCUGUAGCCGGGGAGACAUCGUCCAUCACGAAGACAACAUGGGGUUCACUGCACUCUGUGUGUGUAUGAGUGUCCUAACUGUAGCUGUCAGAGUUUGAAAAUAAAGGAGAAGCUCUUCGAAGCUGCAGCUUUUUACCACCAGGGGCGUGGUGUAUAUAUAUAUAUAUAUAUAUAUGCCAUUACUGAGAGCUAUGGUGGGCUAAGGCUGCCUGGUGUAUAAUGCAGCAGCAAUAAAUCAUUGGACAUUAA